GCAGUAAAAUAAAGACUUGACGGGGAAACACUUUACACGCUUGCUUGCUCUUGACAGUUGUUUUGUUUUACCAGCGUUCCAAAGUAGCUCGACGGAAGAGCUAGAUAUGCACAUUGUCUUAAUCUAGCGGAAAGCUAAUAAGGUAUACUAAGUGGAUUCGCACUGAUAUCUUGCACUGAGGAUGGCACAGUGGGACAGAUUGAGACAGCUUCCUAUUGCGUACCGACAGCAGUUACACGAGCUCUAUGACAGAGAUGCUUUACCCAUGGAUGUUCGGCACUACCUGGCCCCUUGGAUAGAGAAGCAGGAGUGGCAGCGGGCAGCACGGGACCAUGCCUUUGCUAUGGUGCUGUUCCAGGUCCUGCUUGAGAAUCUGGACAUCCAACACAGCCGCUUUGUCCAGGAGGAGUCAUUUUUACUGCAGCACAACAUUAGGCGCUAUAAGCAGAACUUUCAGAGGUAUGUGGAUGAUCCGUGUGCUUUGGCAACCACCAUCCUUUGGUUUUUGGAAAAAGAGAAGGAAAUCCUGGAGAGCGCUGAACUGGCUGAAAAGGUCCAGCUUUUGCAAGUUGAGCCAGAGGCAAUGGAGACAAGCAGUCAGCAGGACCUUGAACGUAAACUGGCUGGCUUGAGGAAUGAAGUGCAGUGUAUGGAACAUACAAUCAUAUGUCUGGAGGAGCAGCAAGAUGAGUUUGAUUUUAAAUUCCAAACCCAGAAGUUGGAAGCAGCUGUGGUAGACGAGGCCAGGAAAAAAGAACAGAUUAAAGCGCUUCAGUUGCUUGUCAACAAGUUGAAUAACUGCAGGAAGAGCACGUUGUCAGGCCUAAAUGAUAUUCUGGACAGGAUUCAGGACAUCAUUGAUGUGCUUGUGAAGAAGGAGCUGGUGGAGUGGCAGAGGAGGCAGCAGAAAGCAUGCAUUGGUGCUCCGGACAAUGUUUGCCUGGAUCAGCUGGAAAAGUGGUUCAGCUGUGUGGCAGUGUGUCUGUUCCAGGUGUGGGAGUUUCUUACUAAGUUGGAGGAGCUAGUAGGAAAAGUGUCCUAUGAAAAUGACCCUGUGAAGGUCCAAAACCCCACACUGCAGAAGAGAGUGGACACUCUUCUAAGAGACUUACUCAAGAGCUCCUUUGUGGUUGAAACUCAGCCAUCCAUGCCUCAGGGGAAAGGAUCUUUGGUUCUCCGCACAAAUGUCCAGUUCUCUGUCAAAGCCAGACUUCUUGUGAAGUUUCCGGAACUGAACCACUCCAUGAAAGUGGAUGUAUCCAUGGACAAGGAGGCUCCUCAGAUCAAAGGGUAUCGACGUUUCAAUGUCCUGGGGACUAAAAUUAAGGCCUUGAACAUGGCUGAGAGCACGAAUGGAGGCAUGGUGGCAGACUUCAGACAUCUGACUCUGAAGGAGCAGAAAUCAGGAGGUGGUGGCAAAGGAGUCAGUGAUAUUUCUCUGAGUGUUACAGAGGAGCUGCAUAUCAUCUACUUCAACACUGUAUUUGAGCUGAAAGGCUUCUCUGUUGAGCUGCAGGCCUCCACCCUCCCUGUGGUCAUCAUCUCAAACUCCAGCCAGCAGCAAAGUGCCUGGGCAUCUGUCCUCUGGUUCAACAUGCUCAGUCAGGAUCCCAAGGAUGUUAUGUUCUUCGCCAACACUCCUGCAGCUACUUGGCCUCAGUUUGGAGAGAUGUUGAGCUGGCAGUUUCUCUCGGCCACAAAACGUGGCCUGGAUGACACUCAGCUGGAAAUGAUCGCAAACAAGCUCUUUGGCAAAAAGCCAAACUAUGACAGCUGCACAGUACCGUGGUCAAAAUUUACCAAGGAGAAUACUCCUGACACUUUCUGGGUGUGGUUUGAUGGCAUUUUGAUGAUGGUGAAAACAUACCUUGAGGAUCUGUGGAGGGAUGGGCUCAUCAUGGGUUUUGUGACCAAAGGCAAAGAGAAAUCUCUCUUGAAGAAGAAAAAGAGAGGCACGUUCUUGUUGCGUUUCAGUGAAAGCGUCAUUGGGGGAAUUACCUUCUCCUGGGUGGAGAUCACUGUGACUGGUGAGCCUGAUGUAAAGACAGUCCAGCCCUUCACCAAAGUUGACCUUUCCCAGAUUCCCUUCCAUGAAAUCAUUCGAAAUUACCAGAUCUUAGAAGCUGAAAAUGUCCCAGAAAAUCCUCUACUCUACCUGUAUCCAGACACCCCGAAAGAUAAGGCUUUUGGAAAGUAUUACACUGAGAAGAGUGGAGAGGACAGUCCAUACAUAAAGUACAUCAAAACCAAGCUGGUGUUUGUUUCCAAGGAGAACACACUGGAGGCCAGGUCACCCAUGCCCUCUGACAUGGCACAGGGUGAAGGCCUGGAGCCAAUGAAUGGCCUGUGUGGAGAGGCAGCUGUCUUAGAACAAGACGGGGAUCUUUAUCCUCUGACGCCACCACUGGAAUCUUAUGACCCUGAUCCCAUGAUGAAUGGCUCUGUUGAAGACCCAGAGCCGCCGCAGGAUCUGCUGAUGUAUCUCAACAAUCCAAACCUUUUUGACAACGACCUCCUGCAAGAUGACCAAUCUCUGCCUGAUUUCAGCCUUCAAGGAUUUAACUGUCUGCUCCCACAGUCCUGUGGCAGCUUCCCUUAGCUUCUGUUUGUAUUCAGCCAUAUCACUAUACAUAAUGCACUUGUUAGCUUUACACACAGUACAGCAUUUCUAUCAGAAAAAUGUGGCACACGUGGCAAAUCCAGCAUAAAUGAAAUAGUUUGCUUUUAAUUCCGUUUUCAUGUGAGAUGCUCAACAGCCCAUCUGAUGACCCUGAAAAUCACACAUAACUGAUGUUUUUGUGCACUGUAUAAAUUUAUAGAGCAUCCCUGUGAAUCCUAAACUAUUUUUACUGCUAUAUGAAGAGAUACACGUAAGAACAUUGAAUGAGCCGGACUCAUAUCAGUCCAUACUUUAUUAUUUUAAGAUUAGGCAUAAAGUCUAAAUCAUGCUUAAAAACUGACCAGGUAAGGAGGCAGGAAAGGUUUGUAUGAGCUAUUACUGCAUAGACUGCACAUAAUUUAUUAUAUCUUUGUUUAUUUUGAACCCUUUGUUAUUGUUUUAAUAUUGGCACCUACAACGUGAUAAAAUUCACGUGAACAUCACACUUCCUGUUUUAGUUUGUCCUUUUAUAGUAACACUGUCAUUUAAGUCACAAUAAAAGCACCAGUAAA